AUGGGAUCCGGCUCGGUUUAUUUUUUCCUUCUAAUUCUUAUCAUUAUCGACCUAUUCGAUGUGUUUUAUACACAACAAUUAACUCCAAUUAUCGGUGGUAAAUGCGAUAUUAACAGUCCGGAAGUACCAAUUGGUGGAAAAGAAACACAAUUCUUUUUGAAAUGUGAGCAAAGCUUACAAUCAGAAAGCGAUAAAGGAGUUUGGGUAGUGAAAAGUCGUAUUUUAUCAACAACACCUCAAACAAGUUCUCCAGCAGCUGUAGCCACUGUACUAUCAUCAAUCGAUAAUAAGCAACAAUCGCAACAGUCCCCUAAAUCACACAAUAUUAUUUGUGUGGAAGAUAAAAAUGUAAAAGAUGGCGAUCCGUGCUCGGUGUCAUCGAUAUGCCUACAACAGGAACAGGGACAAAUGUCAUCAAAUUAUUUGCAAUGUGAUCAAACGUAA